GAUCAUACAGGAAGCAAAACAUUACACCAGCGGAAAUUUGACCUGUUGGGAUCCAGGAAGCUCUAUGCGGCUCGAGUCUUAUACCUAAAUCUUAGAGCUCAGCGCUACCGGAGAUGGGCCAUGUGGUUAUUGAAAUCGUUAUGGAUCCGGCCUCUCCUAAGCCUUCAAUGUACCAGGGGCGCUCAAGCUGGCCUCGGGUUUUGUAGCUGGAAGCGCCAGCGGAAGCAAUUGCUACAUCCACUGAUGGCUAAUCGCAGCCUCUGCAUGGCCGGCUGCUCCCAGGACGCCUCAUAUAAACACCUCAUUAAUGAAGGAGAGAAAAAGACAGUUAUCUGCAUUGAGGGGAAUAUUGCAAGUGGAAAAACAACAUGCCUGGAUUAUUUUGCCAAAACUACCAGCAUUGAGGUUUUGACGGAACCUGUGCCUAAGUGGAGGAAUGUACGUGGUCACAAUCUUCUAGGCUUAAUGUAUCAAGAUUCAUCACGGUGGGGGAUAACGUUGCAGACAUACAUACAGCUUACCAUGUUGGAUCAGCAUACCAGGCCAAUGAUUUCCCCGCUAAGAAUGAUGGAGAGGUCAAUUCACAGUGCAAAACACAUUUUUGUAGAAAACUUAUAUCGAAGUGGGAGAAUGCCAGAAGUGGAUUACGUAGUGCUAACUGAAUGGUUUGAAUGGAUCACGAAGAACACUGAUGUUUCAGUUGAUUUGAUAGUUUAUCUACAGACUUCUCCUGAAACUUGUUAUGAGAGAUUAAAGAACAGAUGCAGAGAAGAGGAAAAGAUCAUUGCUAUGGAAUAUUUAGAAGCUAUCCAUCAGCUCUAUGAGGAGUGGCUUAUUAAACAAACACUGUUUAAAGUUCCUUCUCCAGUGCUUGUGAUUCCAGCUGAUAAUGACAUGCAGAAAAUGAUAGAAAAGUAUGAAGAAAAUCGGGACCGAAUAUUAACCCCGUACAAUAUACAACACUGUCUGUAGAAAUCCAGUUUUAUGGUCAUGCUUUAAAAAACAUGUCCAUCAGGGGAAUUCUGAUCAACAUUCCCAACCCUUUUUAUGAUGUGGUCUCUUGGUUGAGAUUUUGUCUUGUAAAGUGUCAAUGACUUUAGCUAGGAAAAGGCCACAAACAGGCCAUAUCCUGUUUACCUUCAGCGUCUUGCACUUUUAAGUUCCAGUGCAGCUUUACUGAUCUCAGACUACCUGACAGGAAGCUGCUGUAUCUCAUUUCCCUACUUCACUUCUGCAUUGUAUAAAUACCUUUCUGAUAUUGCAUUUUCUCAUGAUAAUGUGCUUUCAUUCACUCCAAAUAGCCCCAUAUAUGUCCUCUCAUGUAAUUCGAAGGCUGUGAAUAAGUCAAGCUUAUGUAGUCAGUAAGUGAGCAAAUUCAAUCCAAUUUUGUAACAAUUUUCAAUGAAAUAACUAAUUAUGCUACUGUUCUCAACCACCAUUUUCACAAAAUAUCAUUAAUUGCACUUAAAAUAGGAAAACUAAACAGUUCAUUUCUUAAUUAUGGACCUGAUUCUAAUCUCACUUGCACCAAUGUAACUUCAUUGGCUUUAUUGAAGUCAUUUCUGAUUUAAAUGAGAUCAGAAUCAAGCCCCAAUCCUGCAAAUACUUAUGCAUCUGAAUAGUCCUAUUGAAUUAAAUGGAACAACUCAGGUACAUAAAGUUACCCAGGCUUUAUAAGAAUUUGGGGUCUAAGGCUCUCUGGCCCAGAUUUUCAGAAGAGUUCAGCAUCUAGCCCCUCUCAAUGAAAUUCUCUUUUGAAAAUCUGUCCCUAAAACUUUUUCUAUCAUGUGCCAGAAUUUUACUUAUUAUGCAUCGAAAUUGGGUAAUAAUUCUGAUACUGAUUAUUUGAUAUCUUAAACUUUUUAUUAUGUUCUAAUAGAUGUUUGCCUCCUGUGUAAGUUUUUUAAGAACAUGUGAGGGGGCGGUACAUAGGGUCAUCUUGAUCACAGCUUCUCCUGGCUGCAGACAUCAAGAAGAGAGCAGAGAACAUCUAGUGAAAGUUAAAUUCUCACUUUAAUUCUUAAACUUCUCUGUGGUGUUUUUAUAGAUCACUUAUUAUUUACCCUCUCGAGUGCUGUCCUCAUGUUGGCACUUUUAACGGCGCAGUCUUAGGACUACUUGCACUUUAUUUUCUCUUUAAAUUGGAAGGGAUGAUUCUUUGUUUAUUCUAUAAAAGUUUGGGUUGUUUGAACUGGUGCCAGCAAAAUUAAAAAUGCUUCCAGGAACACCUCUGCUUAAAACAACAUAGCAAAAAAAGCAUUUACUUCACUGGGCAUGUGUCAUAACUGUAUAGUCUUAAAACUAGUUCAGUGUUUAGCUCAGCUAAGAUGUUUUCAUAAAUUUAAAUAUGCAGUGAUCAGUGUCUAUAAUGUGUUAGAAACACAGAGGAUAGUAACUUUCAAAUACAGAAUUCUGUUGUGUACGUCA